UUUGGCGAUGGGACCAGGGUCUCCGUGAGCCCCCCGCUCCCGUGGCGUGCCGAUUCCUCCUCCUCUGCUGCCCAUUCCUGCCCCAUGGAUUUCAACCUGCUGGCGGACGCGGAGGCUCGCAGCCCAGCCCUGUCACUCUCGGACUCCGGCACCCCCCAGCACGAGCACAGCUGCAAGGGGCAGGACCACAGCGACACUGAAAAGUCCCAACAAAACCAGACGGACGACUCCAACCCUGAGGACGGCUCGCUGAAGAAGAAGCAGCGGAGGCAGAGGACUCACUUCACCAGCCAGCAGCUGCAGGAGCUGGAGGCCACCUUCCAGAGGAACCGCUACCCGGACAUGAGCACCAGGGAGGAGAUCGCAGUCUGGACCAACCUGACGGAGGCACGAGUGCGGGUCUGGUUCAAAAACCGCCGAGCCAAGUGGAGGAAACGGGAGAGGAACCAGCAGGCCGAGCUCUGCAAGAACAGCUUCGGAGCCCAGUUCAACGGACUGAUGCAGCCUUACGACGACAUGUAUUCCAGCUACUCCUACAACAACUGGGCCACCAAGGGGCUCGCCACCAGCCCGCUCUCGGCCAAGAGCUUCCCAUUCUUCAACUCCAUGAACGUCAGUCCCCUCUCCUCCCAGCCCAUGUUCUCCCCGCCCAGCUCCAUCGCCUCGAUGACCAUGCCUUCUUCCAUGGUCCCUUCCGCGGUGACUGGGGUCCCGGCCUCCAGCCUCAACAACCUGGGAAACAUCAACAACCUGAACAGCCCGAGCCUCAACUCCGCUGUCUCAUCCAGUGCCUGUCCGUAUGCCUCCACAGCCAGCCCCUACAUGUACAGGGACACGUGCAACUCCAGCCUGGCCAGCCUGAGGCUGAAGGCCAAGCAGCACGCCAACUUCACCUACCCGGCUGUGCAGACGGCUGCUUCCAACCUGAGCCCUUGCCAAUAUGCCGUGGACAGGCCUGUAUGA